AUGUCAGCACGCAGACGUCAUGUUGUAGGGCCCGUGGUAAAUCGCGACCUUGCGAGCUCGGGCAGCUCGCGGCACUAUCACGAUGGAAACGAAGCGAGCAGCAGAUUGCUGAGCGAGAAGACUGUUGACUUGGACUCAAGUGAGCAACAGCCGACGACAACGACGACGACGACGACGGCAACAACAACGACGAUGACAUCCCGCGACAGGACCAAUGAGUUUGCCAACGCAAUCCGCUCCAUGCAGAGCAGGACCGUGGCGCGGACCACAGCGAACCUGCAAAAUCCGCGCCGUGCACGCCAGAUACAGAGUUACUCGAACUUCAUGAUGAUAGCUAAGAACAUUAGCAGAAACAUUACUGGCACUUUUAUCAAGCUGGAGAAACUUGCCCUGUUGGCUAAGAAAAAAUCCAUAUUUAACGACAGACAAACAGAGAUUGAAGAGCUUACACAUAUUAUAAAAACGGAUCUAAAAGGCUUAAAUCUUCAAAUCGGGAAAUUACAAGAGCUUGGAAAGUCGCAGAGAGAAAGCUUUGGUUCUUCCCAAAGUCAUCACAUUGCUUCGCAUUCUUCUUCAAUUGUGAUGACAUUACAAUCAAAGCUAGCUAAUAUGUCCAAUCAUUUCAAAAGUGUUUUGGAAGUUCGUUCAGAGAAUAUGAGAGAGGAACAAAGCAGGAGACAGCAGUUUACUCAAGGAUCUCUGUCUACUAUGCUCCCUCCGAGUGUUGUUUCUGGAAGACAAGGUUCUUUAUUACUACAAGAAGAAAUUUCUAGUAGUUCAGUUGCGAUAGAUCUUGAACCUGUGAUGAAUCAGCAGUUGCAACAAAUUAUACAAGAUGAUACUGAUGCGUAUAUGCAAUCGAGAGCUGAAACUAUGCAAAAUAUAGAGUCUACUAUAGUUGAGUUAGGAGGUAUUUUCCAACAAUUAGCGCAUAUGGUUAAGGAACAAGAAGAAAUGGUUGAAAGGAUAGAUAGCAACAUGGAAGAUACUGAGCUAAACGUGGAAGCUGCACACACCGAAAUACUGAGAUACUUUCAGUCUGUGACAAGUAAUAGGUGGCUAAUGAUAAAGAUAUUUGCAGUCCUGAUAUUUUUCUUUAUAUUUUUCGUAGUAUUCUUAGCAUAACAUUAUUGAUAAUUAUAAUAUCAUUAUACUUUUAUCAUCCAUAUCCACUAUUUGUGAUAUAAGAAACAGAGAGAAAAUGGUUUUUACAAAGCUGCAACAUACAUGCAGGCUAUAACAAUAUUGCGUGCAUUCCUCGCCCUUCUUGAAUUGUGAAUACUGUAAGUACAUUUAAAUACUAUUGUAAGUAUUUAAAUAUUAUGUUACUUGUAUAUCUCGCAUUUUGUUGAAUACAAAAAUGUAAAAAGAAAAUAUUUCUAUAGGUAAUAAAUGCAUAAUUUUCAUUUUUUGGA